AUGAACGGAGACGGGUCCAAACCGCCCCAGCAGACGCCUGCCUGUCCAACCUUCGUGGAUCCUCCACCGCGGGCUGAUAUUGACGAGAUCCUGCGGCGGAAACGGAAAGCUCGCGAGUACAAAGACUGGGAACGAAUCUGCGACAAACUGCAAACUGCAGAGAAAUCCUUGGCUGAGCUGAAGAACUCGAUCAGCAGCGUCUCCGAAGUUCCGCCCAACCCUCCUCCGCCUACCAACGGAUACUCUCCUGCGACCGCUGGCAAUACUCCCUUGGCUGCGCCUGCGCCGAUUGACAGCGAACAGAGCCAUGUCCGAGUUCAAGGGAUCCAUACACACAAUGAAUUCACCGGCCAGACCAUACACAUUGGGCCCAGUUCAGUGCCAGCGCUGGUUAUGGCUCUGGGUCGUGGUGACUCACAGUGGCCGGGGCUAGCAGAUUUGCUAGGCAAGAAGAGCAUGCUUCCCAUCUUCGGCCUGGAUAACGAGAGCGCAACCUACCCCUUUGUUGACCUCUGGGGACUCCCACAUGGUUCCAUUGCGCGCGCCCACGAAUUGGCGAACGCGCUACCGACCGAUGCAGAAUGCCUUAAUUUCUUCCGUUGUUACAAGGAGACCGCACAUGCGGUAUACCCGGCCGUGGCAGACAUAGAGGCCAUGGAGUCUGAUCUCUUGCUGUUCCUCAUAAACCGUGCGAGCUCUCAAGCUGGUGGCGGGGUCACGGAAGAGCACAUUCAUGGCAAGAAUUUCCACUGGAUCGGGUUGCUGUUCGCGAUUCUCGCGUCGGGCUGCCAAUGCUCGACUCUAGGGAGGAAAGAACGGGAGUUGACCUCGCAAGUCUACAUCUGCUGUAGUUUCGAGUGCCUGCGCUUCACCAAUUUCCUUUCGCAUGCCACGCUCGAGACCAUCCAAACUCUGCUGAUCAUUGGAAACGUCCUCUCCAACAACAUGAAUGCAGGCGUAGCUUGGAGCUUGAUGGGCCUUACAGUUCGAUUAUCGCAGACGCUCGGUCUGCAUAGAGUGUGCCCUCCAUCAACGCCUUUGCACAUCAAGAUCACACGAAGCAAAGUGUGGUGGGCAUUGCUCUGGCAAGACUCGUUGUUAUCGAUCUCGUAUGAUCGCGCUUCAUCGACUACCACGAUCGAUCACACGGUACCAUUCAGUCCGCACACCGCUCCAGGCACAAGAACAUAUGUGGAAAGCAUGUAUCGCCUUUGCAAGGUAGGCUUGGAUAUCGUGCGCGAACGACAACGGCCGCAGAAUUCGCACGAUGCUUUAAUGAGGAUCUCGGAACACCGCAGCGAGCUCCAAGAGAUCAUGGCGGACGCUGCAGACUAUCUAAAAGACUCUAGGCGAUGCCGGUCGAUGCGCGAUCAGUUGGAACACUGGGCUCUCUACCUGCACAUCUCGUACAUUACGUCGGAGCUCUGCCGACCAGCAAUCAGCCCUAGUACUGCGGACCUCGAUCUAUCGAAGACGUUGCGGAAGACGUGUAUCGACAGCCUCACGAAUACGGUGGAGGCCUUCCUUGGCCUGCAAAACAUGACUCCUUUCGCAAACCGCUCCUGGUCCUCAAUGCACCGCUCCAUUAGCUCCGCCCUCCUUCUCGGCAUCCUCGGUGAACACUUCCGCAACGAACGAGCACGCUCUCUUCUCCAGAACCUGGUGCAGGUCCUAACCGACAUCACGGCCAAUGUGGAUCCAGCCGAGCUCUCCUCUCCCGUCACUCGCUCCGUCGCGGCCUUGCAAAGACUACUCAGUAUCCCUAACCCCCGCGCAGGUGUGCUAAAGGCAACCAGUGAUGGUUCUGGAUCGCAGACGUCGCCCACGCUUGCCAACUUCACGGCAGAUGAGUUGAAUGCUGCGUUCAACCUGGACGAUCCCGCAUUCAAUCAGUCCCCUCUGGUGGGGUUGGAGCUGGAUUCGUCGCCGUAUGCGCUCAUGGAGUCAAUUGUGUGGGGUGGGAAGAAGUCGCCGUGA